AUGGCUGAAGGAAAUCCUAAUCAAGGAGGAGGACUUUCUUCUUUCCAAAUGCAAGCCUUGACACAACAUUUGGAGAGAUUGAUGAGGCAACAAAAUGAUGAGCUCCAUGAAAGAUUGGACCAAUUGGAGAAUAGAGGUCAUGAUGAAGAAGAAAGGAGGAGAAGAGGUAAUGACAGUGCUCCUAGACAAAACCAAAUUGAUGGAGUCAAAAUUUCUAUUCCUCCAUUCAAAGGAAGAAGUGACUCGGAAGCUUAUUUGGAGUGGGAGAUCAAAAUAGAGCAUAUUUUCACUUGUAAUACCUACGAAGAGGCCCAAAAGGUAAAGCUUGCAGCUACGGAGUUUUUCGAUUACGCUCUUGUGUGGUGGAACAAAUUGCAAAAAGAGAGAGCUAGGAAUGAGGAGCCAUUGGUGGAUACAUGGGUUGAAAUGAAAAGGAUCAUGAGGAAGAGAUAUGUGCCGGCAAGCUAUUCUAGGGACUUAAAAUUCAAACUUCAAAAAUUGUCCCAAGGUAGCAAAGGCGUUGAGGAGUACUACAAGGAAAUGGAGGUGCUCAUGAUUCAAGCCAAGAUAGAAGAGGAUGAGGAGGUAACUAUGGCUAGAUUUCUUAGUGGUUUGAAUAAUGAUAUUUGUGAUAUUGUUGAACUGCAGGAAUUUGUUGAAAUGGAGGACUUGCUUCACAAAGCAAUCCAAGUGGAGCAACAAUUGAAAAGGAAAGGUGUGGCCAAAAGGAGCUCCACUAAUUUUGGUUUUUCUAGUUGGAAGGAUAAGGGAAAAGGGGCUGCCACUUCUAGUGCAGCGCCUACACCAACAAAAACUCCUCUAAAAACUCAAGAGCAACCCUCUAAAAGGAGUCGGGAUGUGAAGUGCUUUAAGUGCCAAGGCUUAGGACACUAUGCAUAUGAGUGCCCUAACAAAAAAACCAUGAUUCUUAGAGAUGAAGAGUAUAUAAGUGAGUCCGAAAUUGAAGAGGGAGAGGAGAAUGAGGACGUGGAGGAGGAGGUGGAGAAAACACCAGAGGGAGACUUGUUGAUGAUAAGGCGGUUACUUGGUAGCCAAUUGAAGCCUUUGGAGGAGAGCCAAAGAGAAAACAUCUUCCAUACUAGAUGUUUGAUCAAUGGUAAACUUUGCAUGGUGAUCAUUGAUGGAGGGAGUUGCACCAAUGUGGCGAGUGCAAGACUUGUGACUAAAUUGAAUUUAGUUACAAAGCCACAUCCUAGGCCAUAUAGGCUUCAAUGGCUUAGUGAGGAUGGAGAGGUGCAAGUAAGGAAGCAAGUAGAGUUGGAUAUUUCCAUUGGAAGAUACAAUGAUAAGGUGCUUUGUGAUGUUGUUCCUAUGGAGGCCAGCCACUUACUCUUGGGGAGACCAUGGCAAUUUGAUAAAAGAGCCAAUCAUGAUGGUUUCACCAACAAAAUCUCAUUCAUGCACCAAGACAAAGAUAGUGCUCAAACCUUUGAGUCCGCAAGAGUGAAGUCUCUUUUGCAGGAAUUUGGAGAUGUGUUUCCAACAAGUGUACCAAGUGGGUUGCCACCAUUAAGAGGUAUUGAGCAUCAAAUUGAUCUCAUUCCAGGAGCUUCUUUGCCUAAUAGGCCAGCCUAUAGAAGCAACCCUCAAGAGACCAAGGAGAUCCGAAGACAAGUGGAUGAACUCAUUGGUAAGGAUGGAGAAGAACAAUUGUAUGCCAUUCUUGAAAAAUGCAUCUUUUGUACUAACCAUGUUGUGUUUCUUGGUUUUGUUGUAAGUUCAAAAGGAGUACAAGUGGAUGAGGAAAAGGUUAGGGCUAUUCAAGAAUGGCCUACACCUAAGUCCGUGACUGAAGUGAGAAGUUUCCAUGGUUUAGCAAGUUUCUAUAGGAGAUUUGUGAAGGAUUUUAGCACAUUGGCAGCACCUCUCAAUGAAGUGCUUAAGAAAAAUGUUGGUUUCAAAUGGGGAGAGAAACAAGAAGAAGCUUUCAAAGCUCUUAAGCAAAAGCUAACUAAUGCCCCCAUACUUGCUUUGCCAAACUUUCAAAAAUCUUUUGAAAUUGAGUGUGAUGUUUCAAAUGUUGGAUUGGGCUGUGUUGUUCCAAGAAGGCCAUCCAAUUGCUUAUUUUAG